GCUCUGACCAUCCCCCUCCACCCCUCAGUUCCGAGAGAACCUUCAGGACCUGCUGCCCAGCCUGCCCCAAACUGAUGACUACUACCUCCUGCGCUGGCUCCGAGCUCGGAACUUUGACCUGCAGAAAUCUGAGGACAUGCUCCGCCAGCACAUGGAGUUCCGACAGGAGCAAGACCUGGACAACAUCCUUACAUGGCAGCCCCCAGAGGUGAUCCAGCUUUAUGACUCAGGGGGCUUAUGUGGCUAUGACUACGAAGGCUGUCCUGUGUGGUUCGACAUCAUCGGGACCCUCGACCCCAAGGGCCUUUUACUGUCAGCCUCCAAGCAGGCGAUGAUCCGGAAGCGCAUCAAGGUCUGCGAGAUGCUUCUGCAAGAGUGUGAACUACAGAGUGAGAAGCUGGGCAGAAAGAUCGAGACGGUGGUGAUGGUAUUUGACAUGGAAGGGCUGGGCCUGAAACACCUGUGGAAGCCAGCUGUGGAGGUCUAUGAACAGUUUUUUGCCAUACUGGAAGCUAAUUAUCCUGAAACACUGAAGAGUUUAAUUGUUGUGCGAGCUCCCACACUUUUCCCUGUGGCUUUCAACAUGAUCAAGUCAUUCAUGAGUGAGGACACAAGCAAGAAGAUAGUGAUUCUGGGAGCCAACUGGAAGCAGGAGCUACUGAAGUUCAUCAGCCCCGACCAGCUGCCUGUGGAGUUUGGGGGGACCAUGACUGACCCCGAUGGCAAUCCCAAGUGCCUGACCAAGAUCAAGUACGGGGGAGAGGUGCCCAAGAGCUACUACCUGCAGAACCAGGUGAAGUUGCAGUAUGAGCACAUGGUGUCUGUGGGCCGCGGCUCCUCCCUGCAGGUGGAAAAUGAGAUUCUAUCCCCGGGCUCUGUACUCAGGUGGCAGUUCGCAUCAGACGGAGGGGACAUCGGCUUUGGGAUCUUCCUGAAGACCAAGAUGGGAGAGCGGCAACGGGCAAGCAAGAUGGUGGAGGUGCUGCCCAGUCAGCGCUACGAUGCCCACGUGGUGCCUGAGGAUGGGAGCCUCACCUGCCUCAAGGCCGGCGUCUAUGUCCUGCGCUUUGACAAUACCUACAACUCGACGCACGCCAAGAAGAUUAGCUACACUGUGGAGGUGCUGCUCCCCGACAAGGCCUCCGAGAAGGAAAUCCAGGGUCUUGAGGCAACAAGGGCGCCCCCAGCACAAUGAAGACCCCAGUCACCCCUGUGC